CUUUCAAGGAGAGAGGCGAGAAAACGGCUACGCCCUAGGCGACCCACGGCCGGCUCCGCGUCACAGGAACUUCAGCACCCACGGGUCGGACAGCGCUCCCCUCCACCUGAGGACCUCGGCUUCAGCGCUCCCUGCCUUUCUAAUCCCAUCACUCCAGAACCGAGCAGAGCUCCACUGGCCGCCCGUUCCAGGCCUCUGGCCCUCCCCACACCCGCCCUCUUGGCUCUUCCUGUUUUUACUCCUCCUUUUCAUUCAUAACAAAAGCUACAGCUCUGGGAGCCUGGCGCCAGUCUGUUUCUGAAGCCAAACGUGGAAGAAUGGGGCUCCUUUGGACCGGCACCUGGAUUCUGGUGCUGGUGCUCCACCGCAGCCCAAUUCAAGCUUUCCCCAAACCGGGAGACAGCCAAGACAAAUCUCUACAUAACAGAGAAUUAAGUGCAGAAAGACCUUUGAAUGAACAGAUUGCUGAAGCAGAAGCAGACAAGAUAAAGAAAACAUACCCUCCAGAAAACAACACAGGAGAAAGCAAUUAUUCCUUUGCUGAUAACUUGAACCUACUAAAGGCAAUAAUAGAAAAGGAAAAAAUUGAGAAAGAUAGACAAUCCAUAAGAAGCUCCCCAUAUGAUAAUAAACUGAAUGUGGAAGAUGUUGAUUCAACCAAGAAUCGAAGACUGAUUGAUGAUUAUGAUUCUACUAAGAGUGGGUUGGAUCAUAAAUUUCAAGAUGAUCCAGAUGGCCUUCAUCAACUAGACGGAACUCCUUUAACUGCUGAAGAUAUUGUCCAGAAAAUUGCUACUAGGAUUUAUGAGGAAAAUGACAGAGGGGUGUUUGACAAGAUUGUUUCUAAAUUGCUGAAUCUUGGCCUAAUAACAGAAAGCCAGGCACAUGCACUGGAGGAUGAAGUAGCAGAGGUUUUACAAAAAUUAAUCUCAAAGGAAGCUAACAAUUAUGAGGAGGAGGUAAAUACACCCACAAGCAGGACUGAGAGCCAGCCUGGAAAAAUACCAGAGAAAGUGACUCCAAUGGCAGCAAUUCAAGAUGGUUUUACUAAUGGAGAAAAUGAUGAAACAGUAUCUAACACCUUAACCUUGACAAAUGGCUUGGAAAGGAGAACUAAAACCUACAGUGAAGACAACUUUGAGGAACUCCAAUAUUUCCCAAACUUCUAUGCACUACUGAAAAGUAUUGAUUCAGAAAAAGAGGCAAAAGAGAAAGAAACACUGAUUACUAUCAUGAAAACAUUGAUUGACUUUGUAAAGAUGAUGGUAAAAUAUGGCACAAUAUCUCCAGAAGAAGGUGUUUCCUACCUUGAAAACUUGGAUGAGAUGAUUGCUCUUCAGACCAAGAACAAGCUAGAAAAAAAUGGUACUGACAAUAAAAGCAAGCUUUUACCAGCGCCAUCAGAGAAGAGUCAUGAUGAAACAGACAGUACCAAGGAAGAAGCAGCUAAGAUGGAAAAGGAAUAUGGAACCUCGAAGGAUUCCACAAAAGAUGAUAGUGCCAACCCAGGAGGAAAGACAGAUGAACCAAAAGGGAAAACAGAAUCCUAUUUGGAAGCCAUCAGAAAAAAUAUUGAAUGGUUGAAGAAACAUGACAAAAAAGGAAAUAAAGAAGAUUAUGACCUUUCAAAGAUGAGGGACUUCAUCAACCAACAAGCUGACGCUUAUGUGGAGAAAGGCAUCCUUGAUAAAGAAGAAGCUGAUGCCAUCAAGCGCAUUUACAGUAGCCUGUAAAAUUCGCCAAAGAUCCAGGAGUCUUUUGGCUGUUUCAGAAAACAUAAUAUAGCUUAAAACACUUCUAAUUCUGUGAUUAAAGUUUUUUGACCUAAGGAUUAUUAGAAAGUACUGAAAUUGCAGCAGUUAACUUUUUAGAUUCGGUUAAAACAUAGCUUUCUUGCCAUUAAAAAAACCACAAAACUAUGUGAAAAGUAAAGUUGAAUGUAAGCUGGGAUUUUGUAUAUAGAAUCCUUAUUUCCUCAAUGACUCACAUUUUACAAUCAGAGAUAUAUUCCUUUGGAAAAGCAUCUAACGGACUGAACUUAAAACUAAACCCACCUCCCAGUGUCUCAUGCACACAAGCACUGCCUGCAGAAUAAAGGUGGUUCUCGGUGGCAAGGCACCUUGUGGAAUUACAUCUGUUAUGAGAUUUUGUUUCCGUAGCAUUUCCCUUUUGGGAGUUGAAAUAAAUUCAUAUUUCCUCAAAGCUUAAAGGAAAGCCAUUUUCUUUUUGGCUGUUCUUUUUAGCUAGCUGUUUCUCAGGCCCAAAGGGCACCAAAAGGAACUGGAAAAUGGGCACAGGACUUGCUGGAUUUAUUAACAAUUCCCCCUAUUCCUGACAUUUCCUAUUAGUGAGUUCCUAUUAGUGCUUAUAAAGAGGGAUAACUCUGUACUCUCCAAAACAAGUAAGGUCAUAAACACUAUAUGAAGCAAAGUGAAAAAUUUACACCAAAUCUACAGUUAUCUAAACUGAAUUUGAACGAAGCCUAAAAAGAUUUAUCAUCAUACAGCAGCAGGGCCAAGCCAUGGGGUAGAAAUAGAUGUAAAAAUCAUUCCCUUCUUUGUGAACCAAAGCUGGGAGAUGAGCUUCCCUGGAAGAAAAAUUUCAUGAAUUUUGGGUCCCAGCAAUCUCUUUCUCAGCCACCACCACAAACAGUCCUGAGGUCCUCUUGAAAGGUUGAUGGUCAAUGUUCCCAAAACAAAGAAUGGUUUGUUUACUGCUUAAUGUAAAUUACACAUUCUUCUAAAUCUUUCAGUUUAAAAUGCUAAAAAUAAUGUCAUGCUUUUUGUAUUUGUGGUCACUACUUCGAACAGCCUUCUGAUGCCUUCUGAUGCCCUCUUGAAUGCCCCGACCUGGUAUUUGGCUUUUGGUGGAAACUGGGGAAUUUAUAGAGAUACUGUCAGAGGCUGUUUUUCAUGGGAAGGAGAACACUGCUUCUCCUCUCCAUCCUCUCUAGAGUUGCAAAAACAAAAACCUGGCACGCAAAAACUUAGUAUGUUCUAGAGAAGCCAGUCCUCAUUGGUGAGAGGUAACAGGGAGCUCAAAACACCUUUGCUCAAACUAUACUCGCCAAAGCAUGAUGAAUCAUACUGUUUUUAUGAGGUCCUCUUUGAUAAUUUUGCCUAUGUCCUUUAGUCCCAAAAGGCUGCUUCUAUAUUGGUGAGAAUAAACUGGCUGUGACUAAA